AUGGGGCUGUGGAGAGAUAUUUGUCCGUUCCUCUUUUGGGCGGCCGAGUGGCUGUGGUCGGUGCUGCCGUCGCGCGCGGCGGUGAUUUCCUGUUUGCCCUGCGGCUCGCUCUGCUUGCGGCUGUGCUGUCGGUCGGCGGCAAAGACGAAGGAGGAAGACGGCGAGGGCGCGCAGAAGAACGUGGGCAUGCUGGCAGUCCGCACACACACGCCCAGCCAGCUGCAGCCCGACUCGCCAGGCAACUCGCACUUCCACCUCGCGAAAUGGACCAACGCGAUUCGAACGACCGAGUACACGUGGUGGAAUUUCUUGCCGAAGAACCUGUGGUCGCAGAUCAGCCAGCCGGCGAACUUCUACUUCCUCGUCAUGGCCGUCAUGCAAAUGGUGCCGCAGAUCUCCGACUCAGACGGUCUGCCCACUUUCCUGUUUCCGCUCAGCUUGGUCAUGUUCAUCACCGCCGCCAAAGACGCGUAUGAAAACGUGAAGCGCACGCGCGCCGACCAGGAGGAAAACGACCGACUGUGCCGCGUCGUCAACGCCUCUGGAGAAGUCCAACUCGUGCCCUGGCGGAACCUGCGCCCCGGAAACAUCGUGAAGCUCCACUGCGACGAGGCCGUCCCAGCCGACAUCCUCAUGCUGAACUGCGCGGACGAAUACGGCGUCGCCUACGUGGAAACUGUCCAACUCGACGGAGAAACGAACUUGAAACACAAAAUGUGCAUCCCCGAAAUCGCCGACGCCGUCGAAACCGACCACGACGCCUCGCUCCUCUCACUGGAAGUAAACUACGAGCCGCCGUCGGCGGAGCUUUACAAGUUCACCGGCGUGGUGACUCUGAACCCCACGGCCGCGCGGCAGCCACGGCAGUCGGUGCUGGCGUGGGGUCGCACGAGUCUGGCGCAGCUGCACACGGGCAGCCAGCGCCCCAGCCCGCGCGCGACGCCUCAGCUUGUCGCGCAGAGCGGCCCGUUGGCGACGCCUCGCGCGAACUCGGUCACUUCGAGUGCCCUCGCGCGUGUCUCCGUCGAGACGAGGAGGUCCCAGGCAGGAGGCGUCCCUUUGUUGUCGCCGACCGCGGCCGGUUCAGGGCGCGAAGAAGAGAAGAACCGGCGGCGCUCGUCCCUGAUGCCGCUCCGCUCGCAGCCGUCCGCGACUGGCGGCGGGGCACCUUUCUCGCGGGAGUCUUCGCUGUCGCAGGCGCGGGCGAGCAAGGCGCGAUCGAGCGUGACUGCGACGCCGGGGGGCACGGCGGUGGGCUGCGGCGUCUGCCUCGACCCGGGUGCUGAGCUGACGCCGUCACCGCCAAACGCACCGCAGCAGUUCUCCGUCGACAUCUCGCAGUUCCUCUGGCGAGGCGCGACGCUCAGAAACACCGCCUGGGCCUACGGCGUCGUCUUGUACGCCGGACAGCACACGCGCAUCAUGAAAAACACCCGCAGCCGUGAACUCAAAUACAGCAGACUGCAAGUCUACUACAACCAACACGCCCUCCUCCUCGCCAUUUUCCAGUUUUUGUUGUGCAUCAUCGCGGCGACAGCGUUCGCGUCGCACAACCAAAACAUGAGUGACAAUGCUUGGUACUUGGAAAGCACCUGGGAGUCGGGCAUCGGAAAUUUCUUCGCGUCUCUCGGAGUGUCCUUCGGUCAAUACGUGCUGCUUCUGAGCUACUUUGUUCCCAUCACGCUGCUGGUUCAACUGGAAGUUUGUCGGGCCUGUCAAGCGGGCUUCCUCUCGGUCGACGAGCGCAUGUACUGCCCUGCGACAGAGCAGAAGGCCUCUGCGCAGUCUGUUGCCCUCAUGGAGGAGCUGGGAAGCAUCACGCACGUCUUCAGCGACAAAACCGGCACGCUGACCCAGAAUCUCAUGCAGUUCCGCUGUCUCGCCGUCGGCGACACGCUCCACGGAUUCGACGAAUACCAGGAAAUGAAGUCGUUUGUGAGCCACAGCAGCGUCGUGAGCGCCACGGACGCCUUCGAGCGCGCUGGCCAUGGUACGAGCUCCUUCCGUCACUCCACGUCGACGAGGAAGAGCAAGGGCGACGCCGAGAAUGAUGACGCGAUCUCCCCGAACAAAUACGUCCACUUCAACGCACGACUCUUUGCACAGCGCAUGCGCAAGGCAUCCAAAAUCAACCAGCAGAAGGCCGCGGAUCUUCUGAUGGUGAUGGCGCUCUGCCACUCCGUGCUGCCGAAGCAAGAUAUGCAGACGCCGACGACGAAUCCGUUGGGCGCCGACCGGAUGCCUGCGAAGGAUCGCGACGACGUCUCCUGCUCGUCCUCCGUGAGCGUGACGCCUCGCGAGAAAGACUCUCGCCGGAAGUCUUCGCAGCGCAAGUCGCUGCUCCUCGGCCCUAGGGACGGCGACGCCUUGUUCUCAUCUUCGCCGGCGCUUCCGCUGACCGACGCGGAGCGCGCCUCCGCCUCCUCGCUUGCGUCGACUUCGCAGCUCGCGACGUCUCCAAUCGCCUGCGACAAGGAGCCGCUCACGGGAGCAGCGGGCGCGGGGGGGUCGCCGAAAAUCUCGGUCAUGCGGCCUGCGCCGAGAGAGGAAUCGAGCCCCGAAGGCCAAAAGCGAUUCUCGCUCGCCGACAGCCAGCAGCACGCGGCAGCGCCGCCGUCGCGCGUCGGACGCGCAGAGCGCGGCGAGUCUACGUCGCCCUUCUUCGUGUCGCUGCCCGGCUCCUCGCGGCUGGGGUCCUCGAACGAAGCGAGUCCGCACAACUCGCCGCGCGAAGGUGGUUUUGCAGAGGAACAGGCGCUGAUACCGCGCUUUAACAAGGCGACGGCGCACGAGGCCGUGUGGGGAGCCAGCCGCGCGCACGCUCUGUGCGCCUUCGACGCUUCGCCGGUCGACUUGGAUUCAGAGGACGAAAAGCACACCUGCAUGCACUGCGGGCGCCGCAUCGACGGCGGCGUCGGCCCGGAGCUGGAAGAAUCAGACGACGACGCGCCUGCGCUCGCGGGCUCCGCUCUCCCGCGUCUGUGCGACAGUGCCUUGUGCCCACCGUCCGCCUCGCCCUCCUUCGUCGCUGCAGAGGAACUCGCAGAUGCACUCUGCAAGGACGUAGGGAAAGCAGGAGGCGCGCGGAUCCCGACGGAGAGCCGAACCAAAGAGAAAUUCGUCCGCAGAGAGCCGCAGCGCGAGGCCACAGAACACGACUUGUUUACGCUCGGGGUCUACCGCCCGCAGAGUUUUCAGCCGUCUUCGCUUUCGCCUUCGCCGGUGUUUUUCCGCGCGCCCGUCGCGGCUGCGCUUCCGCCCCCCCUUCCGCCGUCGCUGCCGCCGCGGCCGUCGCUGGGGAGCCCGGCAGGCGUGUCUCCGCUCUCGGUGCUGUCCUCGCCCUUGGCGUCGCCCUGUCACUCCAGCUCGGUCGACCGGGCGCGCGCGCCGUCGGCGUCGCCGAGUCGCCGCGAGGCGAUGCUGCGCGACGAGGAGGCGUUCGAGCGCGACCAGCAGCGCGACGAGGCGGGCGGACUCUUGGCCGUUCAGCUGGCGGCGGUGCGGCUCACGAAGGAGGUGGAAUACGACGCGUCCUCGCCCGACGAGUUGGCGCUGACGGCGGCGGCGAAGCACCUCGGUGCCGAGAUGAUUUGCAGGCCGUCGCUGAGCACGAUCCAGAUCGGCCUCACGACCGCGUACGCCGAGAGCUGUCUCCUCUCGCAGGCUGACCGCGCAUAUCUGCAGCAGCUGCGCGAGCAGCAGGCGCAGCCGGCAGACGCCGCUGCGGCGGGCGGCACGGAGGCGCACGGAACGGAGAGCCUGCUGAGUGUGCCGCUGGUCAUUUUCGACGUGCUGGAGGUGCUGGAGUUUGACAACUUCCGCAAGCGCAUGUCGGUGGUCAUCCGCGACCGCCACGGCAGGCUGCGUCUCCUCGUGAAGGGCGCCGACUCUUCGAUGCUGGACAUCGCCGCGCCCGGUCAGGACGGAAUGAAGCAGGAUCUGAAGGAGCAGCUCUCGGAAAUGGCCAGUCAGGGGCUGCGCACGCUGGUCAUGGGUCAGAGGUACCUAAGUGAAAAACAGUUCCAAAAGUACCGCGCGAUGCUCAUCAGCGCCAAGGCCAUGACCGGCGACCAGAAGGAGGAGGCGCUCAACGCCGCCCUCGCAAAAAUCGAAAGGAACAUCGAACUCCUCGGCGCAAGCGGAAUCGAUGACAAGUUGCAAGACGAAGUCGCCGAGACAAUUUCAGAUAUCAAGCAGGCCGGGGUGAAGCUGUGGGUGCUGACGGGCGACAAGAUGGAGACUGCGAUUGCGAUUGGACACUCGUGUUCCAUUCUCUCGGAGGCGACCUACAACGCCAUCGUGGACGGCACAAGCGAGGAAAUGGUCCGCGAACAGCUGCACCAGUACAUGAGUUACAUCGUCGCCGCGCAGCUCGCCAGCGAGGCCUUUGAGCAGAUCGCGCUCAAGUCGAUGGUGGACCGCGGCGCGUCUGACGUGUCGGAUGUCUCUGAGGCGCUGCGGCGCCGCGGCACAGAUCGCAGCACGCGCGGAGCCUCAGCGGACGCGAAGCAGAGCAUCGCAGCGCGGAAGUCGGUGGCAGCGCGCCGCCCAGUCAGGACUCCAGGCCAGUGUCUCCACUGCCUGGCGGGGGUUGUGCAGCAGCGUGCGAGAUGCGUCGGGGGCAGAACCUCUGAAGACAGCGAGGAAGACUCCGUGCGUGGUCGCCAGGCGCGUCAGGCCCCGCCGUCGAUGCCGUGGGAGGACUUUGUGAAGAUCCUGACCUUCAACGCGAACCGCAAGGUGGUGAAGGCAGAUCCGAAGCAGCGCAAGUUCAAGCGCCUGUCGCCGGGACAGGUGGAGGACAUCGUGCAAGAGUACUUGGAACACUUUGACAAGAGCAGCGAAGAGAACCAGAAGGAGCGGACGCGCCGCGCCAAGUCGAGUCGCGGACGCAGUCUCAAGUCUGGAAGCGGCACGCUGCCUUCCUCGUUCCAAAACGGACCCUCCUCGGCGUCGUCCCGCGUGGCGUCGCAGCGCGAACGCGAACGGUGCCGCGAAGCGCGUAGCGGAGACGAAGAGGAGGCGCAGGCGACGCGAGACAGACAGGAGACGGUGUUGCGAGCGCAAGGCGGAGGGGGAGAGAAGGCGGCGAAGCGGGCGGUGUCUUUCCCGCGGCAUUCGCUCUUUCAGAGGAAGGGCGAUGAGAAGGGAGGCGCGGAAGACGACGAGAAGGCGCAACUCGCCCCAGGCAGCAAUGACCAGGAAAACGAGAGCGACCGCGACGAGGCGAAGGCCUUCGCGAGUUGCCGACUCAACUCGCAGAAGAUGCUCUCCAGUCCGUGGGACGAAAUAGACACCGCCCGCACGCGCAGCAAAGACGACCAACAGAGUCGUGCCUCCAAGUACCCUUCUUCCUCGGGAGAAUCGAACGCGGGAGGCAUGCGCGAGGCCGCUGUCGAAGGAUAUGAAGCCUGCGCGAUCACGAUUACAGGCGAGGCUUUGACGCAUGCGUUGUCGACGGCGGAGAAUCGGCGCUACUUCUUCGGUUUGGCGAACUUGUGUUCCACGGUCAUCGCCUGCCGCGUGAGCCCCAAGCAGAAGAGCGACGUGGUCACGCAGUGCAAGCGCUACCAAAGCGGGACGGUGUCGCUGGGCAUUGGGGAUGGAGCCAACGACGUCGGGAUGCUUGUCGCGGCGAACGUCGGCGUCGGCAUCCGCGGGAAAGAGGGCCUGCAGGCGGUGCGCGCGGCCGACUUUGCCAUCGGCGAGUUCAAGUUCGUGCGGAAUUUGAUGUUUUGCCACGGGCGAGAAGCGCUUCGGCGGAACGCCUUCCAGAUGUACCAGACAAUCUUCAAGAACGUGAUUUUUGGUCUCGCCGAUCUGUUCUUCGCCUUCCUGUCUAUCUUCUCGGCCUCGGAUCUCUUCAAUCCCUGGCUGAAGCAGCUCUACAACGUCCUGUACACAUGCAUCCCCGUGAUCCUCUUCACAAUCUUUGACCGCCAACUGCCCUACGACAUUCUCCUCCACACGCCUGUUCUCUACCCCGCAUUCAGCAAGUUAGGUGUGAACAUGUUCGCUGGAUCGCGCACCUUCUGGAAGUGGCUUCUGUUCGCCUUCUACGCCUCGGCGACGCUCGUCUACAUUCCGAUUUACGGGCUCGGCUGGGCCACAGUGUUCACCGGCGGCGACGGCAUCAUCACGCUGCCCGUCGCGUUCGAAGGUGCCGUGGUCUUCUGGUGCAUCAUCUUGGUGUGCAACCUCGUGAUGAUCCCCUUCCUGCACACGUGGUUUUGGUUCAUUUGGCUCGGUGUCUUCGUGGACUUUGGUUUCUGGUUCCUCUCGCUGAUCAUCUGCCCGCGCCUACCCGCUGGAUUCUGCACCGACCUUUGCGGAAGCCUCGAGGCUAUCCACCACGACGGCCGGUACUACUUUGCGACGACGCUCGCCGUCAUCCUCGCGCUGUUGCCGCAGUACCUCAUCUGGUUCCUGAAGACCACGUUCCGUCCCUCCGCGCCUUGCGUCAUCCGCGAACGCAUUGCAAAGGGCGUCUUCGACGUGGUCAUCGCGCCGCGCGGCGGACAGAAGAUGGCUGUCGUCGUUCCCAAGAAAGUCUCCAACGAGUGGAGAGGCUUUGCCUUCGCUGAACAAGAUCACACGCGUUGGGGACAGCACCGCCGUUCUGUCCGCGCACUUCUCGACAACCAGAUAAGCUCUCGAUUCCUGCAGGGCAACGCGGACUUGAACGUGCCGUUCCUCACCGCAAUGCGGGCCGCGGAGCGCGUUUCAGGAGGCGAAGAAGACGCGGUGAACUUCGCGGGAGAGGGCGCGCAGUUGGCGAACAGCCAGUCUUCUGAGAUAGUCUCAGCGCCGGCGGUGGAGCCGACGCUGAAUCCGCCGUCAUCCGAACCCGCUCCCUCCGGCGCAGAGUUGCACGAGGAGAAGCAAGAGGGAAGCGAGCAGGAGUGA